AAUAGAUCUUGUUGAAAGCCAAAGUGGAAGAGCAAACUUUUCAAAGACAACAUGAAUCACUAAGCAGUGAGACUAUAACAAAGUGUACAGGCAACUCUGCUCACAAAAUUAUUCAGAGUUAACUAUUUCAUCAUUUAAGAAUUAUGACCAAGGAAGAAUCUUACAGGGAAGAAUUUAGCUAUGACAGAAUGCCAACUUUGGAGCGUGGGAAACAAGAAAAUGGGAAUUAUGUUCCGGAUGCUAAAUCUAGUGACCUUCAGCUAUCAAAAAGAUUCCAUCCGUGUUUUAUUUAUAGAGCAUGGAUCUAUUCUUUGUUAAUGGGGAUUUGCAUACUUGUUACUUCAGGAUUUUCACUUUAUUUGGGAAAUGUAUUUCCAUCUGAAAUGGAUUACUUACGCUGUGCAGCAGGUUCAUGUAUUCCCUCAGCAGCUGUGAGUUUUGCCAUAGCCAGAAACAAAAUCAAUGUGAUACCUAAUUUUCAGAUUCUGUUUGUAUCCACAUUUGCGGUUACAACAACAUGCCUAGUUUGGUUUGGAUGUAAACUUGUCCUGAAUCCUACAGCAAUAAAUAUAAAUUUCAACUUGAUUCUCCUUAUUCUGUUGGAAAUUUUCAUGGCAACAACUGUAAUAAUUUCAGCUAGGUCAAAUGAGGAAUGCUGCAGGAGAAAGAAAACAUCUAUGUAUGAUAGUACCAGCACAUUGAACAAUAUCAGCUUUCCAACACGUAUCUUAAAAUCCUAUUCGGUAAUUGAAGUGAUUAUUGGAAUUUCUUCUGUGUUUGGCGGAAUAAUCGCUUUGAAUAUGGAUGUGCUAGUUUCCGGCCCAUAUCUUUCAGUAACUUUCUUUUGGAUCUUAGUGGCGUGUUUCCCCAGUGCCAUUGCAAGCCAUGUAGCUGCUGAGUAUCCAAGUACAUGCUUGGUAGAAGUACUGAUUGCCAUAAGCAGUGUUACAUCACCAUUAUUAUUCACAGCUUCAGGAUAUUUGUCCUUCAGUAUAAUGCGCACUGUUGACAUCUUUAAAAACUACCCACCAACAGUUACACAAUCGUAUGAUGUGUUACUCCUACUUCUAAUGCUGAUGCUGUUAAUUCAAGCUUUCCUGACUACUGGAACUGUUAUACUGUGUGUAAGCUUCAAAGCAAAAAUGCAGAUGCGUGAUUCAUUGUGGGCUCUGCCACAAAAACAAGGGUACAAAACAGCAGAGAUUUCCAGUAACAGCAUGAAAGAUUUUGACAAAGAGAAGGCUUGGAAAGCUGUUGUAGUGCAGAUGGCACAGUAAUCUGGACUUGAGAUUUGUGAACCAAUAAAAGUUUUGCAUGAGGAAUGCUAAUACCUGCUUUUGCAAUUGCUGUGGACACAAUCACAGAGCAAUUUAUUUCAUAGCGGUUAGAAAAUAACAGGAUACCAGCAGUAAGCAACUGUAUCUUUCUUUUAAAGUAAUGCAGCUUGUUACCGUAGAAUGUAUAUCAGAUUGCAGAUUAAAAUUGUAAUAUUUUAUUAGUAACUGUGCUAUGGUUAAUUAGAAAUUAAGACCAUCUGAACAGUAAAAUAUACAUGGUUAUAUUGUAGGUCUUGAUUAUCUUUAUACAGUAGACUCUCAGCUAACCAGCACUCAUGGGGAUUGGUAGAUGCCGGAUAAAUGUAAUUUUUGUGGUUUUUUUUAAGAGUUACUAUUAAAAAUAGGCCUAACUAAUACUAUAUCCUAUCCUAUAUCCUAUCCUAUCCUACCCUAUACUAUGAACUCUGUAUCGACUAGAUAUUAAUAUUGAAAUACAAUAAUUAAAAGCAAAUAAAGACAAACUUAAUAUAAUAGUUUUACUGUUUGAGUUAAAGGACAGUUAUGGAUAUUUGAGUUAAAGGGCAGUUAUGGAUAUGAGAUAAUGACUUGGUUUUUCAUGUUUGAUUGAGUGAUAUGUAUAUUAAUUGCUCAUAUGUUUAGAUUGUUUUAUAUUGUGAUGAGAUCUGUUUCAUUGUUCAUCUGUGUGGCAUUAAAGUUUUGCCGGAUUUGUAUGCCGCCUUGAGUCCCAUCAGAGGUCAAGAAAGGUGGGGUAGAAAUGAAGUUAAUUAAUUAAUUAAUUAACUUUUGCCUAUUGCUUGAGUUCUGGUUAACUGAGAGUCUACUGUAUUAAUAUAAUUGCCAGGAUUCAGUUGAUGCAAUUGUUUAACCCUGAUCCAGUUGAAUAAUAAAAAAAAAAACUUGUAUGAGUGACUUCGGUGGUCUUUCCUGAUACUGUGGGAAUCCCGGAAUAUUUUAGGGUUGUUCAUGUUUGUGGGCGCAGAAUAAAGCACGUUUCAAAAUGUCCAAACAUUCACAUGAGAUGCAGCCUUUGUUUUUAAUAGCUGUUUGCUCUAAUUCUUUUUGCAAAAAAUGUAAUCAGUAUAAGGUAUGUGUGUUCAAAGAUAUUUCUGAUUUAAAACAAUUGCUACCUUGCUUUGACAUCCCAGCCCAUAGUAAAUAAACAUAAGCCCCGAAGGAAUAUGGUUUUAUGUUUUUAUUUGCAGGAACUGUCUACUCCCACUUCUUCCCAAUAAUGUUGUAUUUAUCUUCUCCUCCUCCAUCUAGAACACAUCAACAUUUGGACAUCUGAGCAAAUACACUUACUGUUAAUGGGUAGCCAAAUGUUUUGGUUUUAGGAAGGUCUGUCCCACCUAGGGAAUCUAGACUACUAAGACUGCUCUGGCUACAGAGUAAUUGAUUGCAUAUUUUCAACUUCAUUUGUAAGAUACUCUUCUAUCUUGUAGGAUGGCAGGUUAUUUAUGUAAAUGAUGAAGUUUCAGAAAACAGUUGUCGUGCAGUAUCUUUCUGCUUAGACAGGAGAAAGACCACAUUUCAUUCAAGCACAUUUUUUUCUCAAUUUUCCAGUUUUUGAGUUCUUCAAUGGCAAAAUGCAAUUGAUUUGUUUGGAUUUUUUUUUCAUCUGGAUUUGAAUUUUUUUAAAAAAUGUAUGAUCCAUGUGGCUGAAAAAUGGCUAUGUUGUUUAUAACACUGAAGGUUCCUGUGUUAUAAAGUACCUAAUGUGCAUGUCUACUUCUUCAUAGGUUUUUCUACAAAAAAAUGACUGAGGGACUAAAAUAUCUGGGUGAGGGGUAAGCAGAUUUGUAUAGUUACAGUGUAUGUAUCAUUACUGAUGCUUUAUGCCUUUCUUUUUAUAGAAGAUGUAAAGUUCUUAAGGAUUCUUAUUACUUUUAUAUAAAAUAAAAGCUUUUUAUCA